AAAAAAAAUAAUAAUAUUAUAAUUACAAAUUUAAAACAUCGACCAUAAAAAUAGUGCUGAAAAACAACAACAAUUUUAAUUGGGAAUCCCCAACCAUUCCUUGAGAAAAUCGCUUUGAAAGUUUAUGUUUAUUCGGCGAUUUUCUAAAUUAUUAGUAACAAACGCAACUUUAGGAAAUCGUAUAAAUCUUAGCUAUUGCCACAAGGCUUUAGUUGACACAUUGAAAAUAUAUCAAGAAUCUAAAAAUUUUCUGUGUUCAGGACUAUUAAGAAAUAAUUUUUCAACGUCAGCCAUGGUAAAUACAGAAUCAGCCGUGAGAUAUCUGGAAAUCCCUGACAAGUCGGAAAGUGACAAAAAACACUACAAAACCCUAUUACUGAGUAAUGGUAUUCGGGCACUGCUCGUAUCGGACCCCACACCAGUGCCACAUUGUGGACUAACCUCUUCAUCAUCUUCUUCCUCUUAUGACUCUACUGGCGACUCGUGUGCUGAGGAGAGCAGCAGCACCAGCAGUGAAGAUGAAGAGUCAAUGAGCACAUCUACAACAGAUAAUGGGGAAACUGAUUCGGAUUUAGAAUCGGAAGAAGGCGAUGAAAAGCUGGCAGCCUGUGCUUUGCUAGUUGAUGUUGGCUCAUUUACUGAACCACCCGAAUAUCAAGGUUUAGCACAUUUUCUGGAACAUAUGAUUUUUAUGGGUUCGGAAAAGUUUCCAGCUGAGAAUGCAUUUGAUGCGCACAUAAAAAAAUGUGGUGGUUUUGAUAAUGCGCAUACAGAGUUCGAAGAGACAUGCUUCUACUUUGAGGUAUCUGAGGAACAUUUAGACAGCAGUAUGGACUAUUUCUCAGCCUUGUUGAAAGCACCUCUCAUGAAGAAGGAAGCCAUGACACGUGAACGUGACGCUGUUGAAUCUGAGUUUCAGCAAAUCGUACAUGAUGACGAAGUGCGACGUGAUCAACUUGUCGCUGCAUACGCUACACCAGGCUAUCCACAUGCCACAUUCCCCUGGGGCAAUCUAAAGACGCUCAAAGAGGGCAUAAGUGAUGAUGAAUUGCACGCAAAAUUACAUGAAUUUCAAAAGCGCCAUUAUAGUGCGCAUCGUAUGUGUGUUUGUGUACAAGCGCGUCUGCCUAUUGACGAAUUAGAGCAAAUGGUUGUGAAACACUUCUCUGGCAUACCUAGUAACGACCUGCCCGGCAUAGAUCUGUCGCCAUAUAAUUAUCAGGAUGCUUUCCGUAAAGAAUUUUUCGAAGAAGUGAUCUUUAUUAAACCCAUAGAAAAUAUAUGCAAACUAGAGCUGACUUGGAUACUGCCAUCUAUGAUAAAACAAUACAAAACAAAACCAGAUCAAUUUAUUUCACAUCUGGUUGGCUACGAAGGUGAGGGCAGUCUGUGCGCCUAUUUGAGAAAACGCUUAUGGGCAUUAGAACUGACGGCGGGCAUCGAUGAAAGUGGUUUCGAAUCAAAUACGAUAUACUCAUCAUUUGUUAUUGGCAUAUUUUUAACAGAUCGUGGUUUCCAGCAUCUAGACGAGGUACUCGCCGCUUGUUUUGCCUUCGUUAAAUUAUUUGCUGACUGCGGCCCAUUUCAAGAUGCCUACACAGAAUUGCAAAAAAUUGAAGCGACUAAUUUCCGUUUCGAGUCACAGCGCCCAGCACUUGACAAUGUCGAAAAAUUGGCUGUUAAAUUGAAAUAUUAUCCCCCAAAGGAUAUACUCACCGGCACUGAAUUGUAUUAUGAAUAUAAUGAAGAACACAUACAGGAAGUUGUCAGACAUUUAAAUGAAUUUAAAUUUAAUAUAAUGAUCACCUCGCAACAUAAAUAUGAAGGCAUAACAUAUGACAAAAAGGAAAAAUGGUUUGGCACUGAGUAUACGACAAUUGGAAUGCCACAAAAAUGGCGUGAUCUGUGGAAUGAUUCAAAGCCCAUAGCUGAGCUAUUCUUACCAAAACCGAAUCGAUUUAUUUCAACAGAUUUCCGCCUACACUGGGAGGAGAAUGGCAAGCCGGAGAUACCGGUUACACCGAAAAAGAUUCUCCAAACAGAUAUUUGUGAAUUGUGGUUUAGGCAGGAUGAUAAAUUUCUGCUACCAGAGGCUUAUAUGUACUUCUAUUUUGUGUCGCCAUUGUUGCGCAAGGAUCCCAAAAACGAUGCUUUGUGUGCGCUUUAUGAGCGCUUAAUCAAAUUCCGCCUAUGCGAAGAGCUGUAUCCAGCAACCGUUGCCGGUCUUUCCUAUCAGUUUUACACUGCUGAGAAAGGCAUCAUUUUAAAGGUAAAUGGCUACAAUGAGAAAUUGCAUUUGCUGGUUGGCAUUAUAACGAAGGCGAUGGUAUCAAUGCGUGAUCACAUUACAGAAGAUCAGUUUAAUAUCUUCAAAACAGAUCAGAAGAAAUCUUAUUUCAAUUCGCUCAUCAAGCCGCGCACUUUGAAUAAGGAUAUACGCUUAAGCCUUGUGGAGCAUAUACGCUGGCCUAUAAUAACCAAAUAUAAAUCCGUGGAUAGUCUCACCUUGAAUGACGUGUUAAACUUCUCAGAUGCCUACACGAGCGAACUCUAUCUACAGACACUUAUGCAGGGCAAUUUAACGGAGGAAUCGGCACAUAACGUCAUGAAUUCGGUGCUUACAACGCUCAAUUGUCGCAAUAUCAAAGAGACUAAAUACAUCGAAAAUCGUACCGUCCAGCUGCCCCAAGGCUCACACUUUAUACGCUGCCGCGCGCUCAAUGAUCAAGAUGUGAAUACCGUAAUUUGUAAUUUCUAUCAAAUUGGUCCCUGUUCCCUGCGUCUUGAAAGCAUCUUGGAUCUGCUAAUGAUGUUCGUCGAAGAGCCACUGUUCGACACGCUGCGCACGAAAGAACAGCUCGGGUAUUAUGUAUCCGCUUCGGUGCGCAUGAAUUACGGCAUAAUUGGCUAUUCAAUAGCGGUAAAUUCGCAGGAGACGAAAUUUAGCGCCGCACACGUUGACGAACGCAUCGAAGUGUUUCGCGGCAAAAUGUUACAAAUUCUUGAGGAAAUGUCUGCAGAGGACUUCGAUCAUGUACGCGAGUCGCUGAUCAAAAUCAAACAGGUUGUUGAUAUCUCACUGGCUGAGGAGGUGUCUCAUCAUUGGGAGGAAAUCACCUCGGAGGAGUAUGUUUUCGAUCGGCGACGACGUGAAAUCGACGUAUUGCGUGCGCUCACCAAACAGGACAUAAUCGACUUUUGCCUCAACAACGAACGCACCAAUCUGCGCAAAUUGUCGGUGCAAGUGAUUGGCAAUAAGGAUGCGCUGCGCGCUAAGCGUUCACCCACACGCGGCGAGGAGAACUCCAAUGAGCAUAAUCGCAGCAGCAGCAGCAGUGGCAAUGGCAGUGACUCAGAGGUGGACGAUGAGGAGCUCUUCAAUGCAUUAGCGAGUAAGCUGGAUGUGCGAUUCAUACCGAAGGAUGGCGAUGCCACCACAAUUGUGGACAUUAAAGACUUCAAGGAGAAUUUGCAUGUUUAUCCGAUAACGAAAACCAAAUUGGAAAACGCCACGGAACGUACGCCAAUGGAGAUCAUAGAAGAGUGUUGAAAGGCGGAACGGAAAUCACACUCACACAUCCCCCCACACACACACACAAACACAGCCACACAUAGAUGUUGACAUUAAAUAUAGUAGCAAGUUGAAUAAACAACAUAUACACACAUACACACAUAUAUAAUAUUUGGCAGCAGGAGGUGCGACACCAAGUGCAACUCAAAUACGUAAAGGAAAAGCAAUGUUGUGCCCUGCAUUAGCAGUCAAUACUACUUUUAAUUUGUCUAUAAUUAAUAAAUGAAAAUAAUUAAUGAAAUAUUUUGAAAA